AUGGCGCCGCUGCGGGUGCUGGAGCUCUACAGUGGUAUCGGGGGGAUGCACCAGGCUCUGAAAGAAAGCUGCACAUCUGCUGAAGUUGUUGCUGCUGUUGAUGUGAACACUCUUGCCAAUGAAGUUUAUAAGCACAACUUUCCCAGCACACUAUUAUGGCCAAAGACAAUUGAGGGCAUAACACUGAAAGAAUUUGACAGAUUAUCUUUUGAUAUGAUUUUGAUGAGUCCUCCCUGUCAGCCAUUUACAAGAACUGGCCUGCAAGGUGAUGUAUCCGAUCCACGGACAAAGAGCUUUCUCUAUAUACUUGAUAUUCUCCCAAGGCUUCAGAAGCUUCCAAAAUACCUACUUCUAGAAAACGUUAAAGGAUUUGAAUCCUCUUCUGCGAGAAAUGAACUUUUGCAAACACUAAAAACAUGUGGAUUUAAAUAUCAAGAAUUUCUCUUGUCUCCAACCUGUCUUGGCAUUCCCAAUUCUAGACUGCGAUAUUUUCUAAUUGCAAAGCUUCACCAAGAACCAUUUUCCUUUCAACCUUCUUAUCAGAUAUUGACAAGGUUCCCAGAUCAGGAUCUAAAAGACUUAUUCAAGGACAAAGUCACUGACAAAGUGGAUGAAGCUAGUUCUUCCUUGUCUUCUGAAGAAAAGAAUCUGGAUCCAAACGUUCGUCCUGAUUGCAGCAGCAAGGAGAGUUUACCAAAAGGGGCCUUUCUUUUUAAGCUUGAAACAGUAGAAGAAAUUGAAAGGAAACAUGGUCAGGACAAUGAUUCCUCUGUUCAAAUGCUAAAAGAUUUCUUGGAAGAGGAAAACGAAGAAAUUAAUCAGUAUUUCUUACCACCGAAGUCCUUAUUGCGCUACUCUUUCUUGUUAGACAUUGUUAAGCCCACCUGCCGGAGAUCCACAUGCUUUACAAAAGGGUAUGGACACUAUGUAGAAGGGACAGGCUCAGUUCUGCAGACAGCAGUAGAUGUACAGCUUGAGUCAGUGUUUAAACACAUUGAGGAGUUACCAGAAGAAGAGAAGCUUAUGAAAUUGUCAACACUAAAACUGAGGUACUUUACCCCAAGAGAAAUAGCAAAUCUUCAUGGAUUCCCUCCGGAAUUUGGCUUUCCUGACAAAGUAACAAUAAAGCAAUGCUACCGUCUUCUGGGAAACAGCCUCAAUGUACAUGUGGUGGCAAAAUUGAUCUCCAUUCUACUUGGAUGAUUUAGAACCUGAAUCUGAUGAGUACAGACUGGUGACAGAAAAUACUUCCAUCUUUCAAGAGAAAGCUGAUGGCAGCUGAACAAAAAUCACAGCUUACCAAAAUAUCUGUCUAGAUGUUUUGCUGAACAGUUCUGAUAUAUUUUUAAUGCCUUGCUUUUAUGGUGGAUUUGCACUGUAGAGGUGUUUUAUUUAAAUGAACAUUUUCAGGAAUUAAUUGCUGUAUUUAAAUGUCCUUUUUAGUUUGCAAAAUGAAAAAAAGCAGUAUUUACAUACAUCUCAAUGAAAAUGGAUAAGACUAUUUAAUUUUAUCUUAAAACCGUCUUCUCAGUACAGUAUAAAAAGGCUGUAAAUGUUAAAGCUGUUUUAAUUAAGUGCAGGUUCUACAUGUAAAAUGUUUUCAUCUGUAAAUAUCAGUGAUCCAUUCUUAAAAGAUUUAUUGUAUAUAUGAUCUGAAAUUUUGAUGUGGUUUUUUGUAGCUAAUGAAAUUAUUAAAUUCAGUAUUUUGUAUACAAUUUUUAAGAAGACACAGUGUCAUCCUUAGUUUGUGGUUGUCUCAUCCUCUGUAGAUACUUGUAGGUUUCUAGAACCCAACUGUGUCUGUCUGGAAUUAUUUGUUUAGGUGCAGCUGAAUAAAAAUAUUUCAAGAUUAUCACAA